AUGGAAGUGGAGUCCAGCCAUAAUCGUCCAUUAAUGUGCCACAGUCACAGUGUACCUCUGUACCAUGUUAACUACAGUGAGCCCCCUACCCCUACAUCUGACAGCUGUCUGUGUGGAAUAGGGGCACUACAGUCAAUACAUUCACGCUCGCUGCCAACUUCUCCCUCAGAAAGCAUUCUCUCAGAACAAUUCAGAGACAGCAAGGGACUAUUUUCAAAGUUUAGAAGGCGAUUAUCGGAGAAAAGAAGAAUAUUUUUUGGUAAAAGAAGGAAAAGUUCGCAGGAAUCGGCUUAUCACUUGGAUACUUUAUUUGAUGAUGUUGGAAGGCGACUCAGUAAUUCCUCACGAGACAGCGUUUUAGAGGAGUUUCAGAAUGAGAAUAUUUACCGUGGGUUGUUGAGGAGCCUGCUCCACCCACUUGGAGUUCCAGACAAGACAGUGGGACUGCGCCCAGGAGACCUGGUGGACCAUUUGAGAGAGGUGUUUGAAGUCGACCGAGAUGAACAUGAAUUCUUUAUCAAGGAAGAACUCUCCAACAAGCCAAAGUGUCUGCAAGCAAACAUCACAGUCUUGGAGGGAGAUGGGCUGAAAAAGCUGGAUGGCUCUAACGAACUUGGUGACCCCUACUGCCUUGUCAGUAUAGUCCAUCCAAUGCAGCGUAACCUCAAGGUCUCCCCAAAGUCAUCUCCUCGGAACUCGCCUAAAAUGUCACCAAAGAGCCGGAAAACAUCUAGCAGUCUAUCUACUGAACAACAGGAAGAUGUACUGCGUACUGCUGCGGUCAAGAAUUCAGCCUCUCCUCACUGGAAUGAUGAGUUCCAACUAUUAUUGGAUGAGCUGCUGAUGGAUGAGAUACAUGUGUACGUCUGUGACCAGGAGGAGGAGUCACAUAGUAACGGAGAGAGUAAACACACCACUACUGACAGUAAACAUUCUGACAAACACCACGGAAUCAAACACAAUGUGACCAGCCUUUUCCGAAUAAUAAGGCAGAUGGCUGACCAUAACAAACAUCAUGAUGGGUGUUGGGGACGAGUAGUAAUACCUGUAAGAGACAUUCCAGCUCAUGGCUGUGAUUGGUGGUGGGACAUCCAUCCAUUGUCUGGAAAGUCCAAGUCUGCUGGCCGUAUCAGGCUCAAGCUUGACAUCUCCCACAGUAUGGAGAAUUACAGUGAGGCAGAGGAAUGUUUCUCUGUGGAAGACUAUUACCAGGCAACACAGCAGAUAUACGACCAUAUAGCAAAGGCUGCCAAGGAGUCGGAAACAGCAAUGGACAACCAUUUACCAGCCAAGGAAAGGCGAAUCCUGGAUAGCUUUGCAAUUUCACACAAAAUUGGCAAAUUGUCCCAGGCUGUGGUCCAUGUGAUUGUCCUGCUGGAAUGGACCACCACAAAUGAGGAUAUUGUCCACACUGAUCAUGCCUUAACUACAGCUAUCCAUGACCUACAGAUGACCUGGGUCACUCAACAGUUAGACGUUUCCACAGUCUCACAGAAGAUGCCACUUACAGAUGCAGAGAUCUCCAUGUACAGGAAAGCUGCCACCAAGUACAUUGUUUGGGUGUCGGAUCACCUGGAGGAACUGCCUGUCCUGUUUCCUCCCUCACUGGACAAUAUCAACAUUCUUAAGGCCAAGUUAGGGAUUAUUAUACAGCUAGUUGAACUUGACCUUUGGGAGACAAGGUCAGCACCAUUGAAUAACCUUACAGCCAAAGUCCUUAAUAAGCUUCAGGAGGACGUAGAUGAAUGGAUGGACAUCAAAGUGGCUGCUAUCAAGAAACAUGACCUUGUUAAGGAUGCUGUCAUCCCUGAACUGACUGCCCUUGGAGAGUUAGUCAACAGUGUAUCAUCACAUCUCAAUUCCAUGGGCAUUGUCAAGACGUUCUUCACAGCAUUGGGCAUUGUCUACUACAGAGUGGUGUCCUUUGCAGUGGAAAAAAAGGUAAGCCCUGUGAUGAAGGAGCUGAUGAUGGAGAUGGACAAAUAUCAGCGACGUUACCACAAUUUUCCAGUCAAUGUCACCGCAAGUAGUCGUCUCUCUCUCAGGGUCUAUUUUGCUGUCCGGAAGUUCUACAACAUUAUCCGUGACAACAUCAGUCGACGGGAUGUGUUUCGACUUUCUAUUUCCCACUAUCAGCAGUGGUACCAGGAGGCUCUAGUGUUCUGGGUACAGACCUUCAGGACGGAGUGUACUAACCGUAUAGAACGUGCCUUGGAAAUAGACAAAGAUGUGGUUGUUGCAACAUCUCUUGUGAAAUUUUCAAAUUCUUCGGUUGAUGUUCUUUCAUGUUUUGCCAAGAUAACAGAAGAAUGGCGGCAGAUAGACUUCCAUGAUCCAGACUCAGCUUUGAUGGGGGUGACAAAGAUCACAGAUUUGAUUUGUGACGGUGCUCGGAUGUAUGGAGAAAAGAUACAUUCCAUUUUAGAGAGAAACUGUUACUAUGAUGACUCGUUGGAGCAGUUUGAUGUAACAGAAAGACUGUGUAUCACCCUGAACAACAUUGAACAUGUCCGCCAGUACCUCACAGAACUGCCUCAACUCUUAGACUGGGACUCUGUAGUCAUGCUUAUAUCUACACGAUAUGAAAAUGAUGAUGUCGGACAUCAAGCCAUGUCAACCUUGAGGAGACUUGUGGACACAGCAAACAAAGAGAUAAUUUUAAAGAGUUCGCUACUUUUACAGCAAAUAACGGAGAAAAUGAGAGUUGAUAUCGCACGGUAUAUGGAAAUAUUUACUAUACAACAACCGGAGAAGGCAUCAUCAGUAGACCAGCUGAUUGGCUACUUAUCAACCAAUCUGAUGACGCUACAUGACCGUCUGAUGUCAUCCAUCUUCCCUCGGGUGGUCCUCCAGCUUUGGGGUACAGUUGUAAACUUGCUGGACCAACAAGUUCAAGUUGGGAAAAAACCAGAAUAUUAUCAGCAAAUGAAACAGCAUGUGCGAGCGUUGACCUCCUAUUUUGUUCGUGGUGGUUGUGAAGAUGACAAGAUUGAUACGUGUCAUUUUGAAGCACUGAAGCAAAGGAUUGACAUAAACUGUAUGUCUACUGAGGAAUUAAUGCUUGCCUAUCUCAAAUCACUUGCUGAUAACUUAGAAACACCAGUGGAAUAUUUUGGCCAUCUUGCUGUAAAGACAGCCUACCUAGAGGAGACAAGAGGCAACAUAACUCUUUUUGUCAAAGUGAUUCGAGCGACGGACCUGCCUGGUCUGGAUCCAUCUGGACUCAGUGACCCCUACGUAGUGACCAGUGUCCUCCCUCAGACCAUGUUCGGUCACCACAAGCCGCAGAAGACACGAGUAGUGGAGAAAUCUCUUAAUCCUGUCUUCAAUGCCACAUUCCAAUUCCCGAACAUUCCUCAGGAGUACUUGACCACAAAAGGUGCGGUCAUUCUGCUAAGUGUAUUGGACCAUGACCACUUUGGACAAGAUGACUUUGCUGGGGAGGUUGUACUUCAUCUAUCUGGGGUAGAGCGCAUCAGUAUGUCUGAGACGGUUGAUGCAAAACCUGUUGUCAUGAUGGCCAUCAAACGUUCUGUCACACCGACACAAGGCCCAUAUAAGGUAUUAUUAGAGAGGGCCUCUUGGGAUCGAUCAGCUAAACAUUACGUGGCAGAGAGGCGACGAUACCUAGACGUGAAAAGUGUGAGGACAGACCAGCCUUCUAAAAUGUCUAGCUUCUUCUCCUUCCUCAAAGGUCCGAAGACGUGA